UGGUCGCGGGAGGCGGCCGGCACGUGCGGCGUACGAGGACGCCUCUUCGGACGGUGAUGAGGAUCGCGAGGCGGUGCGGGAUCGACGUGGAGGAGGGGACAGCGAGUCAACGGAAGGGGAGGAGGAGGAGGAGGAUGGCAACCGAGGCGGUGCGGCUGCGGGCAGGUCGCGGCGGGGAGCGGAGCCCUCCGGACGCGCAGCGGAUGCUGGUCGUCGGGCUGAUUCGCGCCGGUUCCAGGCGGACAUGGCUUCCAUCAGCGCCGACUCACACCUGCCGACCCCGUUCGUGGCGCCCGAGAUGCAACGUCGCGUGGCGCCUGGGUUGCCGUUUCCGGGGCCUAGACAGCCCUACCUGGGGCACCCCCUCAUGGCCGACCCGCACGCGGACGCCGCCAUGCUGCAAGCCGCUGCGGCGUCCGCGCUGACGGGCCGUCAGGUGUUGCAACAGACGUAUGAGGGAGCGCCGCGGUUCCGCUCCCCACCGGGGCAGCAGCAGCCGCUUGAGGGCAGCGGCUUGGGCGGCCCGGGGAGCUUGCUGCAGCGGCUGAGCAGCUCGGUGUCUGAUUACCUUAGGCUGUUGUCGUGGGGCCGCUAGGCAGGGGCCCUUGGCCCCUUGGCCCCCCUUGCAUGCAUGUUUCUAGGUCAGUGCAGGCGAUUGGGGACGACGGCGGAAUGUUUGGCUUUCAUGUUAUUCUAGCGCUUUGCGUGUUGGGAGGGUCUUGGCAUGGAUUGGCGUCUUGACGAAACCCCACACCCACUUGUGCGUAUGCUGAAGCGGGGUAGCGCGGGCUAUCUCCUGCAUGGCUGGGUUGCACAGUUCUGGGGCUUCUUGGGCGUUGUAAUAGGGGCUUGUAGACCGCUGUCGGUAAGGAUAUACGUGGCGCACUAGACCUGCUUGGACUUUAUUGACGCCUGGCAUUUAACCCCGGUUGAGCUGUGAAGCUAAGCAGAGGAACGCGUUCAGUUGCUUGCGGGGAAGUUGGAAGGCACUUAUAGGGGUUUGUUUGAAUGAGGCCGGUAAACAUGUAUAAACUAGUUAGUCCGUCAGCAUUACUGAAAGAAUAUCUGACACUUCAGUAAUUGCGCUUCUGUUCGAGCGGUGUACCAGUGUUCCCAGAGAAUGUAAGGGGUUUCGGAUUUGGGUGGUUGAUGGAGUGGACGUCUUACAUAGUGGGUUACAGUGAAAGACAUGGGCACGAGUUAAGACGACGGGCGGAAGGCUGAAAACACCAUCGGCCGUGCAAGUUGUCUGGUUUAUGUGGCUCAUGCUUUGUGCACCCCAUGCAUUGUCAUGUGCUUUACCAGGCAACGUCUCCUCUUGCCAUGAGGUUAUGGGGUCUCUGGUGUCCCAGUGUUCAGCUCUUGAUUUGGGCUUUGCAGGAUUGAUCAAGCGUUGGCAAUCUUAAGACGCUAACCACCGUGCUGACCCAUGGGUCUGAGUGCUGCUGAGGUGGCUUGACGCUUCAGGGCUAAUGGGUGGUUGGGAUUAUUAAGGCCGGAGAGAUGCCGGCUAGCAGGUUUUCAUCUAGGGUGCAGAGUAGGGCUCAUUGUUGACUGUGUACAGUUAGGGUGUGAUACAAGGUUUAGGGUUAAUUAUCGUAAACCUAUGGUUUUGCGUUGCGCAUGUAACCUUCCUGGUGUUCUGGUGGGAUGUAACCCAUUUG